UGACGUGUCUCUGAGCUGUAACCUGAGCUCCAGCGAGUACCAGACCUGGUUCAGACUCGACUCGGACCGGAUCCUGCCCCUGUUCAGUGUGAGACCGGCCAGACUCGGAGAACAGGACGUGAGAGAGGACCACCACACACACAGGUAAAACAGCCCACACUCCACACGGUACAGAGGAGGGACACUCCACACGGUACAGAGGAGGGACACUCCACACGGUACAGAGGAGGACCACUCCACACGGUACAGAGGAGGGACACUCCACACGGUACAGAGGAGGAACACUCCACACGGUACAGAGGAGGGACACUCCACACGGUACAGAGGAGGGACACUCCAUGCACAGUACAGAGGGGGGACAGGGGUACAGAGGAGGGACAGUGCAUAUAUUGUACAGAGGAGGGAAAGUCAAAGAUGGUGAGGUCAGAGUUGCUAGGAAACAGACACAGAGGAAGACCAAAGAGGAGAUUUAUAAAUGAGAGGGACACAGGAGGAAAGGGUCAGAGGAUGCAGAGAAGGAGGACAGAGGAUGCAGAGGGUCAGAGGAUGCAGAAGAGGGGGUCAGAGGAACAAAGGGUCAGAGGAUGCAGAGAAGGAGGUCAGAGGAUGCAGAGGAGAAGGUCAGAGGAUGCAGAGGGUCAAAGGAUGUCUCUGUUACAGGGCUGUGGGGUUAGAGGAUGCAGAGGAUCAGAGAAUACAGAAGAGGGGGUCAGAGGAACAAAGGGUCAGAGGAUGCAGAGUGUCAGAGGAUGGAGAGGAGAAGGUCAGAGGAUGCAGAGGAGAAGGUCAGAGGAUACAGAGGGUCAGAGGAUGGAGAGGAGAAGGUCAGAGGAUACAGAGGGUCAGAGGAUGUCUCUGUUACAGGGCUGUGGGGUCAGAGGAUGUCUGUGUUGCAGGGCUGUGGGGUCAGAGGAUGUCUGUGUUGCAGGGCUGUGGGGUCAGAGGAUGUCUCUGUUACAGGGCUGUGGGGUUAGAGGAUGUCUGUGUUGCAGGGCUGUGGGGUCAGAGGAUGUCUGUGUUGCAGGGCUGUGGGGUCAGAGGGUCAGAGGAUGUCUCUGUUACAGGGCUGUGGGGUUAGAGGAUGUCUGUGUUGCAGGGCUGUGGGGUCAGAGGAUGUCUGUGUUACAGGGCUGUGGGGUCAGAGGAUGUCUGUGUUGCAGGGCUGUGGGGUCAGAGGGGAACCUGGAGGUCGGGGUCAGUCUGGAGAUCAGGUCUGUGACUCAGGACGACUCUGGUGUUUACAUCUGCAGCAGCAAAGACCAAGGACAGAUACGCUACAAUACUGCAGUACACCUCACAGUAACAGAUCCAGGUGAUAGUCCGCUCCCGCCCCACAGUGAGUCCUGCUGGGAUCCCGGGUUCUGUCUACUUCCUGGAGUGAUCUCUGCGGCUCUGCUGUUUACCACACUCCUCCUCUGUUACUGCAAAGGUCGAUGCUCAGGCUGUUGCUGUGGCUCAGAUAUCGCUGAGGACGGCGCUCUGCAUUACUCCAGUCUGAAACACCUGAACGUGCCCCGCCCCUUUGGCCGAGCUGACGUCCGAUUGGUCCAGGAGGAUGUCAUUUACGACACGGUGAACCAACACGGGAACUUUCAGUCUAAAUAGUGCGUCAGAUGCCCUCCCAGAUGUUGUGAUGUUUCAGAUGCCCUCCCAGAUGUUGUGAUGUUUCAGAUGCCCUCCCAGAUGUUCACAUUUGUGGACUGUGACUUUUGGAGAUUUCGGAUAAAAAUCCCAGAGAGUGAGACAGAAUGAGCGAGACUUGAUUUUGUUCAGAGUUUUGAACAAAGCUCACAGGUCAUACCUUUUGAACGCCUCUGUAUAAUUUAUUCAUCCAAACAAAAUACUUAACAGCCUUUUGGAUCGAUUUAGUUGUAAUAAAACAAAGUCUGACUGUAAUAUUGUAUUUUUUGUAAAUUAUUAAAAACUUAACGUCUUAAA